CGUUUGUGCAACGAAAGCAACGCAGCGCCACACAUCUCACUCCUUCCGUUUUCCUUCAUCCACAAGUGCGUCGUUCAUUCGACCAUUUUCUUCUCGGUACGACGCUAAGCAACCAAUGAUUAAAACAUGACUGAAAUCAAUUCAAACUUCUCUUGAGCACUUCAUCAAACACUUUAUCUACAUCUCCAAUGGCGACCGCCGCCGCGGCCACCGCCACAUCUCUGUCCCUCCUCCCUUAUUCUAUUAGCUUCUGCGCUGAACGCCCAACCAGUUCCUCGUUUUCUUCCUCGUCUUCUUGUUUUUUUGGUAGUGGAUGCCACAAGGGUUUUGUUACUUUGACGGCGUCAUCAGCAUCUUCUUCUGCAUCAAAAUUUAGUACAAGAGUACCUGCCAAUCGUGUUGGCACUGUUAUUAGUGCUUCUGGUGAUUACUAUGCCACUCUUGGGGUGACUAAGUCAGCCAGCAGCAAAGAGAUAAAGGCCGCCUAUAGAAAAUUAGCUCGUCAGUACCAUCCUGAUGUCAACAAGGAGCCUGGAGCAACUGAAAAAUUUAAGGAGAUAAGUGCUGCAUAUGAGGUGCUAUCAGACGAUAAAAAGAGGGCUCUCUAUGAUCAAUAUGGCGAAGCUGGAGUUAAGAGUACUGUAGGAGGGGCAUCAGCUACUUAUACGACUAAUCCUUUUGAUCUAUUUGAGACAUUCUUUGGACCGAGUAUGGGUGGUUUUUCUGGUAUGGGCCAAACUGGAUUCAGGAAUGGUCGCCGUAAUACUGUUACCAAGGGCGAAGACCUACGUUAUGAUGUUACGCUAAAAUUUUCUGAGGCUAUAUUUGGAGCUGAAAAAGAAUUUGAGCUUUCCCAUUGGGAAACAUGUGAAGUUUGUGCUGGUACAGGAGCAAAGAUUGGAUCCAAGAUGAGGAUAUGCUCAACUUGUGGUGGACAGGGCCAAGUUAUGAGAACUGAGCAAACGCCUUUUGGCUUGUUUUCACAGGUUUCUGUAUGUCCUAAUUGUGGAGGUGUUGGUGAAGUUAUUUCUGAGUACUGUCGUAAAUGCUCUGGGGAAGGACGCAUACGUGUUAAGAAAACUAUCAAAGUUAAAGUUCCCCCUGGAGUGAGCACAGGCAGCAUUCUUAGAGUUGCCGGAGAGGGCGAUGCUGGACCUAGAGGGAGCCCUCCAGGAGAUCUUUAUGUAUAUCUUGAUGUGGAAGAGAUGACAGAAAUCCAGAGGGAUGGUACAAACCUUAUCUCCACAACAUCUAUCAGUUAUCUUGAUGCCAUAUUGGGAGCUGUUGUUACGGUGAAGACGGUAGAAGGUCUUACUGAAUUACAGAUUCCAGCAGGAACCCAGCCCGGAGAUGUGUUAGUCCUGGCAAAGAAAGGUGUUCCCAAACUGAACAAACCAUCGAUACGUGGCGACCACUUAUUUAAAAUUAAAGUUACCAUACCAAAACGUGUUAGUGCUAGAGAGCGUGAAUUACUGGAAGAACUUUCUCAUCUGAAUGACCCAACCGGUAGACCACGAACUCGUCCAAAAACUGAGCCUGCUACUGCAAAUAAAGAAAGUCAGGACGCUGUCACAACAAAAGCUGACGAAUUGGAAGAUCAGAACGAUAUAUGGCAAAAGUUAAAAGAUUUUGCUGGGUCUGUUGCAAAUGGUGCUCUAAAAUGGCUCAAAGACAACCUGUAGCUGGAUGUAGUUCUUAGGUGAAGUCCUCACUAUAAUCUUCUCUUCCGAAUCUGUUUCUCAAGAACCAUGAAGUCAUUCACUUAGAUUGGAUGUUGCCUUUGGUUAUCAGCAUUUUGCGUCGUAAUGAAAUGGACCAGUGCAUAUAUUCUUUCAUUGUUUUCGCCUUCUAUAAAUCUUUGUAGAUGAUGUAUGAAUAUAGAUUGACCUCUUUCAUUGAUGUGUACUCCUGAGAGUAGGAAAGGGCCAAUGGCAGCUGCAUGUGGUAUUGUAGUGAAUAAUAGAAGUACAAUUGAAUA